AAAUAAGAAACUUGGCUCAAGGCUCCAGGGUCCUGUGUGUCUUCCUUCUCUUGGCUGCAUCUCUCUCAUCCAAUCUCGGUGCAGAAUCUCGCUUGGCUAAGAAGUAGAUCAGGAACAAGAAAUCAGUAGUGCUGAGAACGUUCCAUGAGACUCUCAGAAGUCACCGCCUGAAUAUCAAACCUGAAUAACCAGAGCGAUGUAACCUCGGCAUACUCGUAGUUGUUUUCUUUCUGCCUACGCUGCAGGCUUUUCAGGUCCUUGCUUGAGAGUGAACUCACAGGCGUAAAUAACGUGCUGUCAACCGCCUGUGUCAGGCAGCUCAGCUAUUUAAGCAGGCCGGCAUCGGAGAACUCAGCUUCCAAACCCAGCCUUCGCCACUUCCACUGUAAGCCAGAGGAUUGUAAUUACUGUAAAGAAUCAUGGCUGACGCACCAGGCGCUCGGCUCUGGCGGACAGCCACCUUGCUCUCUCAGGAACUGGCCUGAGUUCUCAGCAUUGGCCGCGCCGGGACCAUGUCGGCGGAGACCGCGAGCGGCCCCACGCAGGACCAGCUGGAGAUCCUGGAGUACAACUUCAACAAGGUCAACAAGCACCCGGACCCCACCACGCUGCUGCUCAUCGCGGCCGAGGCCGGCCUUUCCGAGGAGGAGACGCAGAAAUGGUUUAAGCAGCGCCUGGCCCAGUGGCGGAAGUCGGAAGGCCUACCCUCAGAAAGCAGAUCCGUUACGGACUAAGGAGAUGGUGGGCAUUGGCAGCUUCCCUCCAUGAAGACCACCUGCUGUUUCUCUCCUCGGCUUAACCAAGCUGUUUUGGUUUGUCAGUGUAGUGUUGUAUGUUCACUGUUAGCUGUCCUGCUAUUUAACACAAUGUUGUAUUUUUUUAAUGUACAUAACUAGAAAAUAUAAUAACAAUAGGAAGCUAUGUGCAGCUUCUGUGUAAAGCAGUGGCUUGAUUAGGCAAGUGAUGUGGCUUGCCUUUCCCUUUGGGUCAUGAUGACAGAUGGUGUGAAAAUCAUCUAAGUUUGCUUUUGAUCAUCACCUCCCAAUAACAAUUUUCUUUCAACAUCCAUUUCAGAGCAGGCAAGGUCUCUGCUGAAAAGAUAACAUGACCAAGAGGGAGAAACGUUUCCUUCUGAAUCUACUUCCCUAAGUUGUUUUCCUUGUGUUUCAUUGAAUACAGUGAAGUUGAAUGAGAAUACAGAGGAAUAUUUGAGUCAUUCCGAUUUCAUUAAGUAGUUCCUUGGAUUAAAGCUGCAUUAACUUAGAAAGAACCCAGUUAGGCUAAAAGACAGAAACUGCACAAGACAGAAAAGCAAGUAACUAAGAAAAAAAAUCUACUAAAAUAUUUGAUUUACAUUAUUUAAAUGCUUCUGUUAAGUUUAUUUUGCUAGCCAAAGUGAACUGCUUUUUGUCUCUAAAAUGAUAUUCUAAAUAAAACAUUAACUUUUUGUUGAAAAUG